UGCUGCUCCACCAGUUUUUCGUCUUCUCUAAGAAUUCCCACAAAAUCUCAUCAUUUUCUUUCUUUCUUCCUGGUCUGGUCUUCUUCAGUUUCAACGGAAAUUGAUUCGGUUCUAUAGUAGGUCUUGCCUUUUCUCAUGAUUUCAUAUAUGUUCUUGGUUUGGUAAGAGGGGAAUCAAUCGGAUUGGAACUAAGGUUCCAUUGUAAUUGAUUUAGUACAAUUCAAGGAACUUUCGCCAUGACUGCGAUGAAUCACGUUGGCUUAACUUUGAUCAUCUGUUUUUUCCAUUUUGCUGAGUGGCAUCCACUUGAAUAGUGAACUGAAUUGGGGCUUGAAUCCCUCUCGGCUUCAUCUAGGUUUUGGUUUCUACUGUUUUAUGUCAAACAAGAGUUUUUCUCUUACAAGAAUGACCCAGAUUGGCUGUUGUGGUUGUUUUGGAUUUUCAUUUACUAGAAAACCUAAACAUGUACCAAGACCAACUGCCCGAAUAGCCAAUCAUUCAUCACAGGAGUGCUUGUUAAAAAAUGAUGACCUAGAAGAAGAUGAUGGUGAUUUAUAUAAUGGAGGUGGCACUGAUACUGUUGGACUUGGAGAAGGCGGUGGCAUGAAGAGUCCUACUAAACAUUCUGAACUCAUUCUUAUGCAUAAGAUUGAACGGGGAUUGAUUUGUCGGCAAUUUCCUGUUAAGGAGACUCACAAACUUAUUCGGUCAGAGGAUGAGAAUGGUAACAAGAUGGUCAAUGAGUAUGUCCGUGAAUAUAAGAUUGGUGCUGGAAGCUAUGGAAAAGUGGUUCUUUACAGAAGCAGCGUUGAUGGGAAGCAUUAUGCCAUCAAGGCUUUCCAUAAGUCCCAUUUGUCAAGAUUGCGAGUGGCACCCUCUGAAACUGCUAUGACAGAUGUGCUACGGGAGGUAUUAAUCAUGAAGACAUUAGAGCAUCCUAACAUUGUAAAUCUCUUUGAGGUGAUUGAUGAUCCUAAGACAGAUGAUUUCUACAUGGUUCUUGAAUAUGCAGAAGGAAAGUGGGUGUUUGAGGGUUCUGGUUCACUUGGGGGUUUGGGAGAAAAUAAAGCAAGGAAAUACUUGCGGGAUAUAGUUUGUGGAUUGAUGUAUCUCCAUGCUCAUAACAUUGUGCAUGGGGAUAUCAAACCCGAUAACCUUCUGGUAACUGGUUCUGGGACUGUGAAGAUUGGGGAUUUCAGCGUGAGCCAGGUUUUUGAGGAUAAUAAUGAUGAGCUACGCCGUUCACCAGGAACUCCUGUUUUCACUGCACCCGAAUGCUGUUUGGGUCUGACUUAUGGUGGCAAAGGUGCGGACACAUGGGCGGUUGGGAUUACACUAUACUGUAUGAUUAUGGGGAAAUAUCCGUUUCUUGGGGAGAAUUUGCAGGAUACAUAUGACAAGAUUGUUAACCAGGAUGCAUCUCUCCCAGAUGAUAUGAACCCUUUGCUGAAGAACUUACUGGAGGGGCUUCUCUGCAAAGAUCCGAUGCAGAGGCUGAAGUUGGAGGCUGUUGCAGAGCAUCCAUGGGUGAUUGGAGAAGGUGAAGGAGAAGGAGGGUCUCCUUUACCACAGUAUCUAUGUUGGUGCAAACGAAGGGAGGUGCUUGUCUAAAGGAUCCUGACCACCUUCUCACGGCACUGGUUGUGGGUUUUGUUUGUAUACUAAUAGUAAGAAAUAUUUGGUGUUACAGUUUGUGGAGUAAAGGCCCUUCAUCUCUCAAUAAAUAGCUCUCAUGACACUGCUAGUUAGUAAAUGCAUGUUCUUGAGAAGCCUGUGUCAGUAUUUCUCAUUUAUUACACCAUAAAUGAUUAUUAUAUGCUUCAACAGUUUACAGACAUUGGACUUAUGGGUUUCUGGUUGUUUGGGAUAUGGAAAUGCGAUUAUUCUUGUUGUUUUGAGUUAUUUGCCACUCGUUUUCUCUUAAUCUCUAUUUUGGAAGAAAUUGUUGACAUUAUAUAGUUGCAUAACCACUGUUUGAAUGAUCUGACACUAGUUGAAGAGCUUCAUUGGGCUGAUCUGGUUGUAUAAUUGUUUAUCAUAGUUGAAAUUUCAU